AUGGCUCGCUUCGGUCUUCUCUCGCUGGCAUUGUUCUCUGUCCAAGCCCUCAUCGGCGGUGGUCUCGCAGCUGACACUACCGAGAAUACGCAGGACAUUCCUGAGGUCCAAAAGCUCGCUGUAUCGGCGGAGGCUUCCUUCCCUGCUUCUGAGAUCUUCGGCGUUAAGCUUGUCAACGGUCACCCGACACAGGCAUUGAUCACUUUUACCAAUGAAGAAGCUGCUCCUGUGACCGUUAACUUUAUCGGUGGAUCUUUGUCGACUCUCGAUGAAAAGAGCCAGAUUGUUCGCAACCUGACUGCCACCAGAUAUGGUCUUGAGAUCCCUGCUGGCCAGAAGGAGAGCGUUAGCUACAGCUUCGCCACCGAAAUGCACCCUCAGGACCUGAGACUCACCAUCGCUUCCAUCAUUUCCGACAGCGAAGGAAAAUUCUUCACUGUCUAUGCCCACAAUGGCACCGUAAGCGUGGUCGAGCCCGAGACCAGCCUCUUCGAUCCCCAAAUUAUCUUCCUCUACUUCUUCCUCCUGGCUUGUUUCGCUGGUACCGUUUACUUCUUCUACACCAUCUGGAUUGCGCCAUACUUUCCUCAGAAGCGCAAGGCCGGAAAGGCUGCGGAGUUCUCCAAGAAAUCUUCUGGCGCAUCUAAGAAGGCCGAAGAAGGACCUAGCAGCCCCGCUGUUACCUCCGCUACCACCUACAACGCCGAAUGGAUCCCAGCUCACCACAUCAACCGCCCUGAGGCCAGAAAGGUCAAGGGUAGCUCCCGGUCUAAGAGCCGUGCCUAA